AUGGAUGACUCUAAAAAUACAACCGCCAUCUUGGAUCCGUCGGAAACACCAGCAGCGGCCUCCAAUGCGAGCUUUUCGCUCUCCAUAACAUUCUCGAGCUCUCAAGCACAGCUCGCGACGGUCUCUGUGAGCCCAAUCUCAUCCGUGGUCACUGGCCUUGAACGGUGUACUAACCAGCAAUUCUACCUGGCCACCCCAGAAAAUUUCUUUGGCAACACGAUGAUGUUUGUUUCGUGCGACACAAACUCAACGGAAACAAACAAAUUUAUGGACGAAUUGAUUUCAGGCGGCGCCUCAUGUGUCGUUUUCUACUCGCGGUACAGCAGCGGAUGCACCUUUGACACUUCGAGCCCCGCAAAGUACCGAAAAAUCCCUAACUUAUUCACAAUGCUUUCAACAGGAGCUUCGAGUCAAAUAUUGACACUGUUGAACUCGAAAAACAUUGUUUCUGCCACGAUUUCAACUGAGCAAACAAAAACAAGCUCAAACAACGCUCUGGUGGCAGUCUGCAUUAUCAUGGUGAUUAUUGCCGUAACACUCUUCACUGUCGUCAUGAUUGGGGUUAUUCGAUUCCACAGAAACCCCCAAAGAUAUGGCAUCCCAGAUGCGCAAGCUCUUGGCUACCGCCCUCCCUAUGCCACAAGGGCCCGAGGGUUGGCCAGAGCGGUGCUGGACUCCAUCCCGCUUGUCCGGGUUGCGGAGCCAACUCGAGUCGACAACGAGGCCAGCCCUCAAAAGGAGACACCAGAAGAGCCGACAAGAAACUCGCAGGCCGGAGAGCAAUUUUUCGAAACCACCAGCGUUUUUUCUAGCACGUCCACUGUCAACACAAAGAACAAGCCCAUUGUCAAAGAACAGAUGGAAGAAACAACCGUUCCUGUAUUGCAUCUCACUUUGCCAGAAAAUGCUCCUCUUGAUACCCAAGUUGCUGCCACAUAUGUCACGGAAGAGGAGGACCUGUGCCCCAUCUGUUUCGAAAAGUUCUACCAAAACGAAAUUCUGCGGGAGCUUCCUUGCAAGCACAGAUUCCAUGCAGACUGUAUUGACCCGUGGUUUUUGAACGAGUCUUCAGAAUGCCCAUUGUGUCGUAUCGACUUGGCCCUUAUUCAGAAUCCAGACCAGGACCCCAGUGAACCAACCACCAGCGCUCAUUUGCGUGGUCGUCUCACUCAGCGCUGGCGGAAGCUCGUUCAUUCACGCCGCCAGCGGUUUAAUCGCCAGCAUCGUGAUUGA